CAGAGAGCUCCGUCACCUGCUGGAUAUCAGAAGCGAACAAGGAAGUCUAGCACUGAGGACUUGCUGUCAGGCUAAGCUUAACAAAAUACAUCUCCGCCGGAUAGAAGUUAUCGGCUCAUCAGCUGUCAGCUACACCAGCGUGACAAGAUGUUUAAAAAACUUAAACAGAAGAUAAAUGAGGAGCAGUCCCCGCAGAGGAGUGCGCAGUCGCCCCAGCAGGCCCAGAUGGGCAGUGGAGAGCGGCGCGGCAGUCAAACACCCCCGUUUCAUUACGAUGGCUCUCCCUCUAGCGGUGACAGAGAGAUGCUGGCUGGGAUGAUAGCCGAGCCCGCUUUUCUCUCUGAAUAUACUAUCUUUGCUCUGGACCAUUCAAAACAACCCCAAACGGCCCAGGUAGCCAGUGUGAGCACCCCUAAAGGAGCAGCAAGAUCUCCCAGAGGUAGCAUCAACGGGGAUGGAAGUGCUUCUCCUCAUAGAGAGGAGACGUCAUUUGCCCAGAAGCUACAGUUGAGGGUUCCCUCGAUGGAGUCGUUGAUUCGCGGUGGUGCCAGUCGGGCCGAAAACCUGUUCCGCUCUCAGUCUAAAGAAAACCUGGUCCGAAGCUCGUCGCGUGAAUCCCUGACACCUUUGGGAGAGAACGAGUCCCCGGGCGCCCCCUUGUACGAUCCCCCCUCGGAUAUCGAGAGCGAGGCUGAGGAGCCACCAGGAAGUGCAGAGUCCCUUUCCAAAGAGCAGCUGUUGCACCGACUGCUUAGAGUGGAGAGGAGCCUGGGGAAGUACAGAGGGAAGUACUCGGAGCUGGUUACUGCGUACCGAACGGUGCAACGAGAUAAAGAAAAAACGCAGGUCAUCCUCAGUCAGAGUCAAGAUAAAGCUCUCCGCAGGAUAGGGGAGCUGCGGGAGGAGCUACAAAUGGACCAGCAGGCCAAGAAACACCUACAAGAGGACUUUGAUGCUGCGCUGGAGGAGAAGGACCAGAUGAUCACUGUGCUCCAAACACAGGUUGCUCUGUUGAAGAAACGAGCCAUGGUGGUCUCUGACGGUGCUGUGCCACCCGAGGGUGACGUCCCUCAAUCUGAAGAUGCAAAUUCAGACUCGACCUCCUCCACACAAAGUCCUCUGAAGGAGCAAGGAGUAGAGCCUGAAGCCACUGAAGGAGAGGGCAGCAGUGAUCCAACCAAACUUAUGGAGACAUUGCAGAAGCGAGUGAAGAGGCAGGAGAACCUGCUGCAGAAGUGCAAAGAAGUGAUGCGAACACACAAGGAGCGCAGCGCCCAGCUGGGCAUCGAGAACGAAACUCUGCAGCAGCAGCUGCAGGAGAGACUGCAGGAGCUGGAGAAGAUGAAGGAAGUGCACACAGCAGAAAAGACGAAGUUGAUCACUCAGCUGCGUGAUGCCAAGAACCUGAUUGAACAGCUGGAGCAGGACAAGGGAAUGGUGAUCGCUGAGACAAAGCGCCAGAUGCACGAGACCCUGGAAAUGAAAGAAGAGGAGGUUGCACAGCUCCGCUCCAGGCUGCAGCAGACUACCGUCCAGAAGGAAGAAUUACAGGAACAGAAAGAAAAGGCUGAGAAAUCAGCAUUUGAAGAACUUGAACGAGCGCUGGGCGUAGCUCAGAGGGCGGACGAGGCCCGAAAACAGCUGCAGGUUCAGCUGGAGGAGCGAGUGAAGGACGUUGAAAGAGCCAGUGAGGAAGAGAGGAAGAGUCUGCAGCAGGAACUCACACGAGUCAAACAGGAGGUCGUCACCAUCAUGAAGAAAUCAUCGGAGGAAACGGUUGCCAAUAUGGAAAAACUCCACAGUGAAGCUUUGGCUGCUAAAGAAGAAGAGACGAGUGUCAGAAUCAACAAAGCUGUGGAGCAAUGCAAAGAGGAGUUUGCCCAGUUAGGAAAUGAGCGGGAGCAGCAGUCCUCUCUGGCUCUGGAGGAUGUAGAGCUACAGAAGGUAGCUCUGAGGACUGAAGCUGAUAAUAAGGUUAAAGAGAUACAGCAGGAGCUGGAAGCUGCAAAAACUAGAGUAUUGGAGCUGGAGAGCACUCUGGAGAAGAUCUCACAGGAUGGAUCAAGUCUCUCCCAGGAACUUUCCGGUCAGCUGGACGAGCUGAAGAAUAAACACACAGAGCAAAUCUCUGCAUUAAAGGAGAAGCACCGGGAGCAGCUGGAAAAGCACAAGGGCACCCGAACCCAGCUCAAGGAAACCCACAGAGUUGAAGUGGAGACCCUUCUGAAAGAUAAAGACCUGCAGCUCCAAGCACAUGUUGAAGACAUGAACCAGAAAACUUUGGAGAAACUGGAUGCAAAGCAGGCCGAGCUGGAGGCAGUAUCCGCUGAACUUUCUGAGGCUUUGAACAAUAAACAGCUCCUGGAGGGGAAGUUGGUGGCAGCUGAAGAUGCUCAUAGUUCAGCCCUGCAGGAACACGAGAAGAGGUUUCAGGAUCAUGUGGAGAAGCACAAUGUAGAGCUCGCAAAUAUCAAACAGGAGCACGAGCAGUUGCUUGGUGGUAUGGAGAAAACUCUGAAGCAGGAGCUUAACGCGUUGAGGAUUGUUGUGACAGAGAGGGAAAAGGAAAUGAAAGAACACAUGCUAAGAGAAAAAACACUAAAGAAACAGUCGAAAUCCACUGUACAAGAAUUAAAUGUCAAAGUCGAGGAGCUGCAGCAGUGUUUGUCACAAUCCCAGCUGGAAAAUGGGAGCCUCAAGGAAUCUAAUGCACAGUUAAGUAUGAUGUCCGAGGAUCUUGAUCAGUGUCAGAGGGAUUUGACAGAUAUGGAGCAUCAGUUUAAAGUAGCAAAGAACGAUUGUCAACAAAAGGAGAAGGCGCUUCAAGAACUGAAGGACCAAUUUCAACAGACCAAAAAGCAGCUUUCGGAGCAGAAGCAGUCAUUUAAUGCAGAACUCGACACUAAGCAGGAAGAAGUCGCUCGCCUCAAGAAACAGCUGGAUGAUGAAAAAGCUGCCCUCGAGAAAAAGAUGAAAACUACAAUUACUGAUUUGGAAGACAAGCUGAAAACACAGGAAACAAAAAUGGAAAAGAUCAAACACAAGGCCAAAGAAAUGCACGAGAGUUAUAAGAAGAAGCUGCAGCAGAAUGAAGAAACCAUGAAGAAGGAACUCGCAAAGAAGGACCGAGAGCUUCAGCAGACGGAGCAUCAAGUACAGGAGAAAAUUGUAGAGAUGUCCCAAAAAAGUUCCCAAGGCCUCAGCAGUGCGAUGUCGGAGCUGCAGGCCAACCACAAGGAAGAAGUGGAGAAGCUCAACAACACGCAUACGCAUGAGGUUGAGGAGCUGGAGCAUCGUUGGCAGGAGAAGUUGGGACAGCAGGAGGAAGAGUUAAUGGAGAAACACUCGCACAUACUGCAGGAGAAGGCUCAGGAACUGGAGGACGUUUCUCAGCAACUCGGCAGAGGCAAGGAGGAGAACGAGCAAGUGUGGUGUGAAAUAAAGGAUUUAAAGGAGGGCCUGGCUAUUCGAGAAACCACUGUGCAGAAGCUGCAGGAAGAGCUUAACGAAGCAGCAGUGAAGCUUGAAGGUUUGUCUCAAAGUGAGGCGUUGCUCAAGGAGCAAAUGGAGUCAGUGGAGAGGAACCUCAACCAAGCUCUGAACGAGAGAAGCUCCCUCCAAGACGAGCUCAACGCGACAAAGGAAGAGAACAGGGAGAAGGUGAAGACCUUGUCGGGAAAGUUGAAGGAAAUGGAGAAGCAGUGUAAAGCGCUGAAAGGCUCCAGAUCUAAGGAAAGCAAGGACUUGCAGAAACAAAUUGAGGGAACUGAGAUUCAGCUACAAGCCAAGGAGGCAGAGUUCCAGCAGCAGUUAAUUACGAUCACAAACCAAAUGGAGCACUACUGCAAGGAGGUUCAGUCCAGAGUGGAGUGUGGAUCUAAUGAGCUGUGUCAAAGAGUUGAAUGUAGGUUAAAGCAGCUGAAAGACGGACUGCUCUGCAGUCAGAAGAAGGUAGUGAAUCUCAAAAACGUCAUCCUCACUAAAGUAGAUAGAAUCCGCACUUUAGAGGAGAACCUCCGCCAGCAGACGGAGGAGAAUAAGAAUCUAUGCAUUUCACUGGAACAGAUGUCUGCUCAGGUAAACGCUCAUCUGGAGCAUGUCAAAGCCUUAACACAUGACAAAGAGAAUCGUUCUCAGUCCGUCCACGAGAAAGCUCUGCAAAUUGAGGAGCUGAGUGAAGCAAACCGACUCAUGUCAGAAAGUAUGAAAACAAACGAGUUGCAUUUCCGUGACCUGGAAAGCAUCGCCGGUGACUUGAAAAAUCAGCUCGCAAGUAGCGUAAAAGAGAAGGAGGAAGCCAUAAAUCAGCUGAGUCGGCAGUAUAAAGAGGAGAGACAACAGGCGGCUGCUCGAACGGAGGAAGCCGUUGAGAGAUUAGAGCAGGAAAGACAGUCUGCUUUAGAGGAGGCAGAAGCACUCAGGAACAGUCUCUCUGAGUAUGAGACCACGUUCACCCAGAAUGACAAAACUAUCACCUCUCUGCAGACCAGGCUCGACGAGCUGGAGCGAGAAAUCUCUGAGAAGAAUGAAACCCUGCGGGGGCUCACGGCGAGCAUCGACAAUCAGUCCAUCAGCAAGUCUGAGAUGGACCAGGCGCUGAGCGAGAAGGAGCAGAAGGUCAGCGGUCUUACCUCGGAGCUGGAGGGUAGCAUCCGUCGACUCGGUGAGCUCCAGGAGCAGUUAGCCUUAAAGACGAAAGAGUGCGAGCAACUCACAGCUGACCUCAAACAGCAGCACGGCGUCAGGGAGAAUGAGAAGAGAGAGCUGGUGGAGCAGCUGCAGCAGACCCAGAUGCAGUGCACUCAGAAUGGCAGUGUGGAGCAGGAGAUGGUCAAACAACUCCGCUCCCUCGAGGAAGACAACCAAAAGUGCAAACGCCAGCUUGAAAGUCAACGGGAGGACUUUGAGAGGGUGAGAGAUGAGAUCCUCAAGAGCAGAGAGGAGAGCGUGAAGGCAGCUGAGGAGAAGUUGUCUGCAGAGAGCGCCCGGAAAGUAUCGGAGCUGAAGAAGAAGGCCGAGCAGAAAAUCGUUCAGAUUAAGAAACAGCUGACCUCGCAGCUCGAGGAAAAGGAGCAGGCGGCGAAGGCUCUUCAGGCCAUUCUGGAGGAAACCGAGAGCAACGUGGCGUCCGGCAAGCAACACGCAGAAACGUUGGAGGAGAAAACGAAAACACUGGAGGAAGCUCUCGUCAAGCUUAAGGAGGAGCAGGAGCAACGGCUUGAGCAGACUCUGAGUAAUGAGAGGCUCGAGAAAGAAAAGUCUUUAGAGGAAUUGAAAAACUCGUACGAAGAGAAGUUGGCGGCGCUUCAGAGAGAUGCAGCGCAGGAAGGGGAGCUCAAAGGAACUGAGUCAGCGCUCCGCGAAAUUGAGGCAAAGCUGAAAGAAGCAGAAGAGCGGAAUGGAAACCAUCUCGCAGAAAUCAAUCGCCUGAAAGAAGAAAUAUGCGAGAAGGAUGCCCAGCUUGAAGAACAUCAGGCCGCUAUUAAGCAGCUUCCGAAUCCGUCGGGAGCCGAGGCUGAGGUGAGGGUGGAACGUAGCAGCGUCCAGGAAACCAAGAGCGUGAUGCAGACCGAGACGGGAAACCACUCAUCGAUGCAGGAAGUGGAGGGCGAUUCUCCGGAGUCUCUCAAGAGCGAUCUGAGUCAGCUGAAGAACGAGAAAGAGAGAAUCCACAAGGACUUCGUCCGGCUACAGAAAGACAUUCGAGCCCUGAGGAAGGAGCACGAACAGGACCUCGAAUACAUGAAGAAAGAGCUGCUCGAGGAGAAUGAGAAAAAGCUGAAACUGGAGCUGGAAGAUGUGGAGAUGAAGCACAAUUCUGCUCUCAAGCACUUAAUGAGGGAGUUCAACACGCAGAUGGCUUUGAGAGAGCGGGAGCUUGAUAUGGCAGUGAAGGAGACCAUCGCGAAGGCCCAGACUGUAGAGGCAGAGCUCAUGACGAGCCAUCACGAAGAAGCCACUGAGCUGAGGAAGGUGAUUGGCGAGAAGGAGGAUGAUUUGCACAGAACUGUUCAGAAAUAUGAAGAGGUUUUACAGAGUCGAGAGGAGGAGAUGGGAAACAGAGUGUGGCAGGUUCAGAAAGAACUGGAGGAGUUGCAAGCAAAGGGCAACGACCCCGCUGAGAUGAGCGCAGAAGAACUACAGUUCUCACCGGCGGUAAUGUUCCGUCCUUCUCUACCUCAGGCUGUACUGGCCGAGAAGACGACUCUGCUGAGCGAGGCUCGUCUGAAGGAGCAGGGCUUCGUUGAGAGGAUUCACUCGCUUGAGGACAAGAUUAAAUGUUUCCCCCGGACCACUGUUGUAACUCAUCUCGGGAGCACAUUUACAGAACCGGCAUACAACAGCAGUGCACCUACAGAGACGGAGUAUCUGAGGAAGGUGUUGUUUGAAUACAUGAUGGGACGGGAAACAAAAACGAUGGCCAAAGUGAUUACCUCCAUGCUGAAGUUUUCUCCAGACCAAGCGCAAAAGGUUUUGGACAAAGAAGACUCAAAAGCAGCUCCUUGGUUACGCGUGUAAAUGAUUUGGGUAUUUAUGGAUGAAGAUCUGCUGCUGCUGAAGGGGAAGACUAUCAUGGAUUUGAUCAAGCCCUUCUUUCUGCGUUUCUUUUUAUUUUAUGUGUGUGUUGGUGUUUGUAUAUAUGUGUGUUUGAGCACACAGGGGCAUAAGCGUGGCGUGUGUGCUUGUGUGUGUGGUGAGGUAUGCUUGAGUAUAAUCUAAUGGUAUGAGGGAAUUAGAGAAUAUGCCAGAAACACAAAUCUUCCAUGAAUCUACUUUUAUUCUGAAAUUAAGUUUGUUAAUUUAUACGUUUUAGAUGAAGUGAAAGUGUUUUCUUUUUGUUUUAGAAUAUCUUUAUACAGAUUGGCUUGUGCAAUAAAUGAUAUAAUGAUCACUUAU